UAGCUAGCUAGCUAUCUGGUAGCUACCUAUGAAAAUAAGCUUUUUUAGCCCUUGUUAUUCUUUUGUGGUUAAUGUUUUUGUUUAUAAAUUUAAGCAUGAUGGUCUUUCAGUUAUUGCCUAAUCAUUCUUUGUAAGCAGUUUUAAGUUUGUGACUUUAUUUUAUAUAAAGUUCUACCUUGUGAUAUUGUUGCACUAUGUAUAGACGACUUUCAUCAUAUGACGCGUGUUGUUUAUAAUCCCCAGACAUCUUACGCAAAUCGACAGGCAAAAUAAUGCAGGCAGUAAGUCGUGGACCAGUCCAUUCCAAACUUUAUAUUCAGUUAGAGGCAUCUUUUGAUCUUGAAAUUCGAAUAUAGCUUGCAUGUAGUUUAGAUUUAGAUCAUAUAUCAGUGAAAAGAUGCUAGUAGCCACAGUAUAAAAGUUUUUAACCAUAAUUUGACUUUCUUCACCUACGGUCUGCAUUUUUUUGCCUGUCGAUUUUUCUAAUUUUUUCAGCGCAUGUGCAAGAAUCCCUUAAAAACGUAAACAUUGAAAGUCAUCUAUAUAUAGGAGCUAGGGAAAAACUUCUUGACUCUAGUUUGUUACGGGACGCCUAAAGAAUUGGCAAACAUUUUCGUAUCUGAUCUCUGAAUCAGUUAAAAAAACAGGAAACAUUAUCUAAACAAAUAAAGAAUAGUUAAUUAUGAUUAUGUAUAUGAUCCAUUUAUCAAAAUCAUUUAUCCGUUAUAUCGUGUUUAUGUUGAUUUCAUCAAUAUAGUUUUCUGUUUUCGUCAAUAUGGUAGAGUUCCCAAAAUUUGGGUUGUCGCUUGUGACGUGUUUUGCAAUAUCUUUUAAUUUAUUCUAGUGCCAUCUCUACUAUACCCCACUUGUUAAAAGAAACCUGUUUUUAGCCGGCUCAACAUAAUUGAGAGCCAGAAGAACCUUUUUUCCAUGUUCCUACAAAAUACUUAGCCAAUUUAUGAUAUUCGUUACCUACAAUUUUUUCUUGGUUGUUUAGACACAGGGUACUUAUGAGUACGCAUGAUUUAACCUUGGGUGAUUGCAUUACUCCUAUUACAAUUUGUUGAAUAUAUAACAUGAAGACCAGUAUUCAGCCGAAUACCACCAGCCCAACAUGCUUAGGAUAUUCAAGUCAUAAUGUUAUUUACAGAUGUUUUAAAAAAAAGAUAUCCAAUAACAAAGAAUAAAGUGUAUAUAUAUGUCAACAACAUUGGUUAAAUCUCCAACUAGCUAGCUAGUAGUAACCAAUUCUAGUGCUAGUGUAACUAUAUAUAAAAUCCAAACCAAUCAACCUUAGCUAGUAGCUGAACACUAGUAAAAAAAUAUAAACCAGCAACUUUAAUAAGCCCAAUGGGUAUAAAAUAAAUGCUAAUUUCUAUUUCUUUUACCAAAAGUUCACAAUUUGCCCAUUUGACAAGUUAAUUUGAGAAAUAAUAAAGGUAAACAAACUAUAUGUGCAUCACUUCGCUGGAAAAUUAAGAUUGUCUCUAAACUAACCUCGUUUUCAUGUUAGUAUGUCUAUUCCGGCUGUGUAUUUUGCGGAAUGGAAAUGGAUAUUGAAAUAGGUCUAUUGACGUAAGCUAUGGUUUUAAACUAAAAGUAUGUUUUUAUACUGCUAACUUUGCUAUGUACUCGUAACUUAUGUUCUUAUUUACUUACAUGUUUCCUGUUAAUGUAUCCAAAUAAAACAGGUAUUUUAAACGAGGAAAAUAGUAAUGUUAAAAAGAGAGAAAGGCUGUUUUAAUAUUGUGGACAAUUUGGUUUGCCUAGGUAGAUUAGGUGGAUUUUACCCAUUCUUGAUUUAAGGACUCAGAAGAAUAGUCCCAGCAUCAGUAAGGUUAAGCCCAACUUGGUAUUUAUGGUUAGUUCUGUAAUAUAUAGCUAUGUUGCAUGUCAUUACAACAGCAGUUUUGUUAAUCCGUGAUUGUGGCUAGUUUUUCAUUAGAUCCCAUUUAUUUUGAAAGGAAAUUAAAGUACUUUAUUAUUUGCAUUCAUUUAUUUAGAUUGUAUAUAUAUUUGCAAGUUGGUAAUUUUAACAUUUUUUUUAGUUUAAGUAAUAUCUAACUAAAGUUAUGGCUUCUAGCAUAGCAGAUGCAGAUGCAAAAGAAUCUCUAAAGAAACUGUUGGAAGAAAAUGAUGAUGAAUUUUCAUUGGAGAAAAUUACUGAUGAAGAAAUGAAGAAGGUCGAUUAUCUUAUUAAUUAUCUGGAAGUUAGAACAAUCACCGAUUUCGCUAAAUUGUGUCAGCACCAGGUUUUCAAGCUCUUGUCGGGAGAAAUAAAAAGUUACCGCCUGGCAGUUGUUAAACAUCAGGAAGUAAAGUUAGAUGGUGUUCGACUGAUGAAGCACCAUCUUCCCAUACACAACAUCCAUUGUGGUUCUGGAAAUUUUACGGACGCUCAGCGACUUGCCAUCUGUGAAGUAGCAGAAACAUUUGUUAACUGUGAUGACAUGUUUACUUUGGUUCAUAGCGUUUUGGAAUAUACCAUAAUAUUAUGGGCAACAAUUGGCUUUGGCGAAUUGAAACCUGCGCAGGCGCGAUACUACCUUCUGCAUGGCGGAGAAGAUCGCAAAACUGAAGCUUACAUUGCUAUGGAAAGAAAAUUUUUCAAGAAAAGGGGAAACAAAGCAUCAGAGACUUCUACUCAUGUACCUGAAGAUGCCCAAGAAGACAAUUUACUAACCCGGGGCGAUGCAAACACAUCAACAAAAUCAAUAGCGGUUCGCGAAGCAAAACAAUGCCCUGCUUGCUCUGUGACUGUUCCUAACUUGCCCAGACACAUGCGAAAAGUGCAUAAAGGAAGGGAUGCAAAAGCUAAGCACGUGACAGCGUCUCACUUACUUAGAAAGGUAUACUCCUGGAAAGGCCAAACAAUAAGCCGACGAAAGAGUAAAUCCAGUGUAAAAAAAUCUUCGUCUAGCAAGGAUUACCAUGUAAAACGGCACUGUCCUGUAGCUGGUUGUUUUGCCGUAUGCGUAAAGAUGUACGAACAUCUUUCGCUAUGCCACCAUCUCGAAAAAGAGGAAAAGGACCAGCUGCUAUCAGUAGCCAGAGCCUUCAAGCCUGGAGACGUGGAAGAUAGAGGCUUGGAAACGUCAACGAAUGAGUUAAUUGGCGGGGACUACCAAUCUGAAUUUAUAAUCAAUACCUGCGAUGCUCAAGAUCAACAGUCUUCUGAGCACACUGAACAAGUUGACGCUGCCGCCAAUGAAUUGGAAGUUAAUGCACCUGGAGAAGUAGACCGCGCAAUGUCUCUUUUCCUGGCAUAUAUGAUGUCGCCAGAUGGAGGUCGUCGGGAAAAUAAGUCUGCCAUCCAAGUUGUAACAGAAGUUAGAUCAGUCGUUGAUAAAAUCGGUGCACGCAUUUUUAUAGGAAUGAAAGAUGCGCGCACACUAAAGUAUUCCUAAUUUUUUACCAUUGCCGGUCUAAAAUUAUUCUUAGCUUUCUCUUAUGCUUAAUAUUGCUCUGGAUACAGACAUCAUCAUAAAUAAGGAAAAGUUUAGUAAAAAGGAAAAAAAACUUGAAUAUAUUAAGAUAUUUGUAAGUUUUGAGUAAAUUACAGCAUAUUCUUAUAUUAUAUAGCGUGUAGUCUUUGUUAUUAUGCUUGUGUUCGAUUUUGUAUUAUUUUACUUUACGAUGAUGAUUUUUUGGUGCUUUUCUGGUGUUUUUUUGCCAAUUUGAUAUUUGCUAGAAAAAAAACGUUUGAAAAUAACUUUAACUUCUUUCCUUGUCCCAUUUAAACAAAAGUAUUUAUCGUCAAAGAUUGGAAAUGGAUAAUUGAACUUUUACGAUGAAUCAUGAUUCCAAUUACUCGUUUUUAUACGAAAC